AUGAAGGGCAGAAAACCCGCCAUUGCCGCCGCUGGGACAUUCUUUGGCCUCUUCUCGUUCUCGCAGAUAUACCAAAAUGUGCUCUUUGACAAAAUCACACCCUGGUCGGAGCGAAUGGAAGAGAAGGCAUGGGUUGCAUCAUCAGAAUCAUGGAUAGACAGGAAAACAUGCGACUGGUUUGGCAUGUGUGGAAUAUCACAUCUCAACAAGUUACGGUGGACAAGUAAGGGCAAAAAGCAAACACCGCUGGACGGUAAAGAUGCAGAGAAGAUAGACCUGGGCAGCUUCAAAGAAGAUGCUCGGAUACUGCCAGAAGAUCACGACGGGAAGGAGGUGGUUGAGAUUCCGCAGUACGUUUUGGAGCAUGCGCCAUUAAUCCAUCUCUACUCCGGCGAGAACUUCUGGCCAUGCGACAUGACCGACCAUUUGAUACAUACCACGCCUCACCUCAACUACACCCCGCUUCAAGCCACCGACGAUCACCCAAACGUCCGAACUCUGAAUGAGCUGAACAAAUGGGGCCGGUUCGUAUACUUGCAAAGUGACGACAACGUAGAGGAUCGACCGAGGUGGUUAGGAGGAAGCACCAACAUACCUGAAGUCCCAAGCGACGGCGACGAUGGUGCCGAUUGGGAAGAUGAAGACCAAGAAGUGAAUCACCCUGAGGGUGAUCAGAACUACAAGAAGGAAGCAUGGUGGCAUGCAGGAAUUGGCGACACCGAAGAUAGGGGAGGUAUUCGCCCCGACUUCACAUCGCCAGGACGCCUGAUACCCACCAGCACACCGGAAGGUGAUAAACUUGUAGAGCCGGAAGAAGAGACUUGGCAACCAGAGCUGAUGAAAGAUCGCCGUCGAUUCGAGGGGAAGAAGGUAGUUGGUGGCCGGAGCGACGCGCCUGCAGUGCUCGUCGUAGUGCCCAAGGGCGACGGUGUAGUAGACGCCUUCUGGUUCUUCUUCUACAGCUACAAUCUCGGAAACACAGUUUUCAACGUACGCUUCGGUAAUCACGUCGGUGAUUGGGAACACACGACCGUGCGGUUCCACAACGGUGUCCCUAAAGCAGUGUUCUUCAGCGAGCAUGCGUUCGGUGAAGCAUACACAUGGGACGCCGUAGAGAAGAUUGGCAAGAGGCCCGUUGGAUUCUCCGCAACCGGCACUCACGCCAUGUAUGCUACAGCAGGCGUACACCCCUACGUUCUCCCUGGCGGCAUCCUGCACGACGUCACCGACCGCGGUCCUCUUUGGGAUCCCAGUAUGAACAUGUACUCGUACACCUACGACUAUCAGCGCGACCACCUCACAACCUCGAACCUGACCCCUGAAGCACCCGUUGGCUUCUUCUACUUCGCCGGACACUGGGGCGACAAGUUCUACCCACUCGGCGACCCUCGACAGUACCGCUUCCUAGGCCAAUAUCACUACGUCAAUGGCCCUCUAGGUCCAAGAUUCAAGAACUUGGGCCGCCAGCAGAUUUGUCAGGGGAAUGGAGAUUGCAUACUGAAGGACACUCUUGACGGCAAACGUCAAAGAAAGAUGAGGAGAUACCCUCAUGUUGGCGAGGGAGAACAGAUGACCGAAGACGACGCGAAGAAAGUCUUUGGACCUGAGUACGAUUCUGCAUCUUAG